CAUACUGUUCUCGGGUCUUUUAUUCUCUGAAUAUUGCCUAUACUCUUGUUAGUAUUUAUAGAUAAUGGAUGCUUAAGAAUUGAACAAAACUUUAUUUGAUUGUGUCUACACUUUGUUUAACUUAGGUAACUAUGCCUAGAGGGAAAAAACGCAUGCAGGUGGCGCGGCAAGACCAAGAUGUCACAAACAGUUCAAAACGAGUGCGUUCUUCGAAAAAGGCAGUUCCACCCAAUGAACCUAACCAACGUAUUCCGGAACAACAAGCAUCCAAUCCCUCACAAUCUGCACAGUUACCCUCUGCAGACGAGAUUGCAGCAGCCCUUCUUAAGAAAAUUCAAAACCCUUCUGAUAUUAAUCAGCCUGUCACUUCCACCCAGUCUGUUUUUACAACUCCUCGCAUCGACCAUCCAAUGGCACAAACUGUCACUAGCCAACCACCCACUAAUCCGACAGAUCUGGUAUACUUAGUUGGCAACUUGACUUCACGCUCUACGAUUAGCCAACCUGUACCAUCAACAUCAUCAUUGACAUCCACUGCUGGCAAUAGUUUACCAUCUGUUAGUUCCGUCGAAGGCUGGGUCAGCAUUGUCUGUCAGCAGAGAAACUUGUAGAUGUACCUGUACUCUUCUUUGGUCAAUAUCGGUUUACAACAGCAAUUUUGAACAUGUGGAGAAAUGUUGAUCUUUGUAAUCUGGGACAGCAUUGCCUGCCAGCAGUGAAAUACAUAAAUGUAUUUCCUUGUGUGUGUACAUAUUAAGUGGCAUUCAAAAUUGCCUCUAAAUGAUUAUUAUGAUGUUGUACUUGUAGAUGUACAUUUAUCACAGGUUGGCUCAGUUUAUAACUCGUAAAUGCAUUUUGAGCUUUAGUUAUGAAAAUGUUAAAUUAGUUAUGAAAGGUAUUUUCGCUGGAAUUAUUCUGCAUAUCGCUUUUUCUGUACAAUUCCUUUUUAGCUACAUUGUUAUUUUAUUCUAUUUUAGUAUUUAUUUUUUUGACUCGCCAUGUCUGCCAGAGUCCUUGGGUGGGGGAUCCCCUCUUGCAGAGGUGAUGGGUGGCAACAUUAUUUAUCCCCACCUUUGCGAAUCUAUGUCAUUUAUUCAAUCAUAUCAAAUGAUGCAUUUUGUAAAUGCUAAUUAUAUAAUAUUCAAUAAUUUGAGUAAUGUACUUUUGUGAAUAAAUGACCUUUUCACACAAUAUGGGUCUUAUGUCUAUUUUACGCAAAACAAGCUCGGACUCUGGCUGUUUAUAAUGUUGAAGUACAUUGGUUGGCAUAAAAUUGAUUUUAUGAACAAUAUAAAAUAAUUUAUGACAACAAGAUUAUAUAUAGGAUUUUUUUUUAUUGUAUUUUUGUCAUAUUUGUUUAUUCAACUUAAGCAUCUAGAGUUUACGCGUACUUAAUUACCGGAAAUAAAACAUGACUCAAUGCGAGUAAAUUUUAGUUGUCAGCCGCAGUUAACUCUGCAUCAUUCUGCAUACCUAGGAAUGCGCGCUUUUCAUUG